AGAGAUUGUGUUUGGCACUAGAGAACAAACCACAUCUGCGGUCCAAAAGCCUCCUCCCCAAAAAUCUUCAAAUACACCCAAUUUCCAACUCCAUUUUUUACUUCACCUUCUUUGUUUAAUCAAUGCUUCACACUAGUUUUCAUAGUAACAACACCACUGAGCAGCUGAAAAAUGACAUCUUUUAUGCAACUACGAAUCCCAAACGCAAAGCUUGCCUUCUUUUCAAGAACAUCCCGAGUACCUCUUUAUCGGAUUGUAUUGUCGUUCCCUCAGAAGGUUUUCUUUUGCACAGCUAAGUAUUCUGAAUCUGAGGUAGACGGAUCUUUUAGCUUAAGGUUGGUCCCCCCAACCCUUGUAGCUGCUGAAAAGGAAGAGGCGAAGGCUGUCUUGACCUUGUUUCUGAAGAAACAGGGUUUAAGCAAUGCUCUUGCAGCAAGAGCUAUCAACAGAUCAGAGUCUUUUAUCGAACACCUUGUCUCUCGGCUGCAUUCUGUUCAUAAGUCUCGCUACCUCGUAGGACGAGAACUAACAACUCUUGAGAUUAGGGAUGCUCUCAUCCCAUACCUUGAGGCCCUCCACGAGGAAUAUGGAAGCAUUUUGGUGGACGUUGUGGAGAGCUUUCCAAACCCACCAGUUGUGGAGAAAAUAGAAGAAACUGUUGAAAAAGUACCUAUUCCUGUCACACCAGCUUCACCUCCUAGUGCUGUUCUCGACUCCAAGAAACUGAAGGCUCUGGCACGAGUGACUGAUAUUGGACCCACUGGAAAGCUUCCCCCACAUAUUUUGUACCUUGUUGAACUGGGCAUGGACAUUGAAAGGAUUAGAGUAAUCACACGAAAGUUUCCUGCUUUUGCUUACUACAGUCUUGAGGGAAAAAUCAAACCAGUAGUUGAGUUCCUCCUUGAUCUUGGAGUGCCAAGAUCGCAGAUCCCAACAAUUCUCAGCAAAAGGCCUCAACUAUGUGGAAUUAGUCUCUCAGAUAAUUUAAUUCCAACAAUGACAUUUUUGGAAGAACUGGGCGUUGAUAAAGAACAAUGGGCUAAAGUAAUCUACCGUUUUCCUGCACUUCUCACUUACAGUAGACCUAAAUUGAAAGCAACAGUGGACUUUCUUUAUGAAAUGGGUCUAUCUGCUGAGUGUGUGAGCAAGGUUCUAACCAGAUGUCCAAACAUCAUAAGUUAUAGCGUGGAGGACAAGCUAAGGCCUGCAACUGAGUACUUCCGGUCAAUGGGGGUUGAUGUUGGAGUUCUUCUCUACCGAUGUCCUCAAACCUUUGGUCUUAGCAUUGAGGCUAACAUUAAGCCUGCCACCGAGUUCUUCAAGGAUAAGGGGUUCAGUAUGACGGAAAUUGCCACAAUGGUGUCAAGAUACGGUGCUCUAUAUACUUUUAGCUUCGCUAAGUUGGUAUUAAAGUGGGAGUUCUUUUUGACCAUGGGUUAUCCAAGAACGGAACUGGUCAAGUUUCCUCAGUAUUUUGGUUAUAGUUUAGAAGAGAGAAUCAAGCCAAGGUUUGCCAUUAUGACUGAUAAAGGUGUAAGGUUGUUACUGAACCAGAUGUUGUCACUGUCAGAAGAUGCUUUCAAUAAGGCUUUGGAAAAAAAAUUGCAGAAACUAAUAGAUAGUUAGCCAUAGGCAACGUCUCUGAUGGAAGUCACCAGCCAAUAAAGGGAUAUGUGGAGAUUUUAGCAUUUAGAUUUCAAAGUCCGUUGAGCCAAAAGUUAUGGUUUUGAGUUAUUGCUAGGUGAAGAUAGCAGUGUUCCUAUUAUGUUUUUUUUACAAAGUUGUCUCAAUGGAUGCUAGGGAAAUUUGCUUCCUCUCCUCUUGAGGAAUCUUAUUGAGCCAGUAGACAUCUCCUGUGCCUGGUGUACAACUGUACAGACUAAACUAAUCGGAAAUAUUGGUAGAAUAGCUUUUAGGCAAUGCAUUUUUAUGUGUAUUUUGUACUGGAGGUUUGUUGUGUUAAUAGGCCUUUAGAAUAUGAUCUUUAACAAGUGAUUUCUCAAUUCUUGGGAGAUCAACACUAUUUGUGAGGACACAUAUAUACAUGGCUAGACAAUCGAACACCUCUUAUUCACUGUUUAGUUAAGGUUGUCUAUAUGUUUGUUUGGACUAAUCCUGGGAAAUUUACGUUUCUUGUAUGUAUUAUCAAGUAACGAGCUUAUAUUGAAUAUGAUAUUAUUUUUGUA